AUGGCCGUGCUCCGGAGCGCGGGCGCCGCGCACCUGUUGAGCACAGGACUCGCUACGCUGACCCUGAACUACUGGACGCUGAGCUUCAACUUCAACAUCAUCACGAACACAGAGGGCCAGCACAGGCACACCACGCGGCCCAUGAAUUGCCACAAGUGGAACAAUUCCGCGCUGAACGUGACUGGCCACACGGACCACCCCACCCAGAUUGCGAAGGACUACUGGACACUGAAAAUCAACUCCAACAUCAUCACGAACAUAGAGGGCCAGCACAUGCAGGAUUACAACACGCUGACCCUGAACGACUGGACGCUGAAUUUCAAAUUCAACAACCUCACGAACACAGAGGGCCAGCACGGGCAGGACUGGGCGCUGAGCUCCAAGAUCAACAUCUUCACGAACACAGAGGGCCAGCACAGGCAGGACUACGACACGCUGACCCCGAACUACUGGACGCUGAGCUUCAAUUUCAACAUCCUCACGAACACAGAGGGCCAACACAUGCAGAACUACACCACGCGGCCCCUGAAUUUCCACCAGUGGAACGAUUGCACGCUGAACGUGACUUGCCACAUGCUGCUUCAGACGACGCACAAGACCAGGCUGAAUGGCAGCAACAAUACGGACACCUACACGAUGAGGAAAGAGCUCCCAGGGAUCAUCGCCAUCACGCAGGAGAUCGAAGGCUACAAGUACACCCUGGACUCCCCCCUCAGGAAGAGCGACACCCCAGAGGACAAGAAACGCCUGCAGGAGAUAGGGACAUCGAGGCAGAACACAGAGGGCCAGCACGUGCAGGAUCACGCCACGCGGCUCCUGAAUUACUACCAGUGGAACAAUCGCACGACGAACGAGACUUGCCACCUGGACCACUACAUCCACACCCAGCUCGCGAAGGCACAUACCGACAUCCCUAUUCGUGUCAUGCCCAUCCUGUUCACGGACCUCAACCAAGGGCCAGGGCGACGAUCACGACAGCGCCGCACCGACAACGCAAUCGGCAGCUACCAACCCAGCGACGAGACCGAGCUCGGACGCUUGAUUCACGGCAAGUUCCUGACGCACCAGCUGACAGCCAUCAACAUGCACACCGACGUCGGCAAUACCUACUACGAGCACAACAAAGCCAGAUCAAGUAUCAACUACUUCACCGGCCACGACAACUUCAUGGAAAUCGUGAAGCACGUGAAGCUGAAUUGGAAGAUCCACACCAAGUUGAGUAGCCUACUACAUGUUGCCGACCACAUCCCCAUGAUUACGCAGAUCAAGAUGCCUGCCAGCGGCGCCAACAUCACGAACAACAACACCCGCUGGGACUAUGGCCUACUUGCUGCUGGGCUCCAGACGGGCGCCCACCGUGCGUCCUCUAUCAACGACGCCUACGCCGAGAUUAGCAAAGACAAGGAGGCCCUCCGAGUUGUCCAGAUGGAUCAGUGGGCUCCCCCCGAGGCCAGCGCGAGCACCUCUUCCCUCCUCUCGGCGACAACGCGCGACGGGGCGGACACCGACGACGAGACAAACCCCACCUUCGAGUGCAACAUCGGAUGCCGCCCCUCGUCCGCCAUCGAGGACGCCCCUGAUGCAAGCGCGUCCAACUGCCAGUCGGUGGAACACAUCGCGGGCAGCGACCUACGGCUCGAAGGGCUCGGGCACCGCUACGACGUCACCAAGCAGAAGCUGGUGAUCGGCGCGCCCAUGUGGGAGGGCCAGGCGGUCCACCACCGAGGCGCGGCCCCAGUGGGCUCGCCCGAGGAGGAGGUAGGCCACUGGCUAGAGACGCUCGAGCAGUGA